AUGGAAUCCGAAAUACCUUUUCCAAAUAUUGCUUUGCAUGGCUUUACACCUGUCCGACGUCGAGAUUGCGAUUACACCGCCAGACAAUUUCAUGGAGACCAGGAAAAGGAAUGGACGGCAGCGAGAUGCCACCGUCUGCUACGGGCCUUGACCUCGAGAGUUGCAAUUCUUAAAAAGGAUCUUGCCCGAUUCUCUUCAGUGCAUCCGGACUGCAAUGUGUCGAAUCAAAAUACUGGGAAGGGCAGCCAACCGAGGAGCAGGAGGAAACGUUAUGAAGAUGACGACCUUGACUGGGGACAGUCUAAGUCUAGGAAAAGAGUCAAGCGGACGUAUACCAGCAGGUCUGGGAGAGGGGGAAGCAGCCAGGGUGCUCCGAAAACACCACGAGCUUUGCCGUCUUCGUCUGGAGAGAAAUCACUCAUCCCUGGGGAGAUAUCCGUCCCAACACCCAUUCUUGCCCGGGCUAGAGGAGAUCUUUUUAUGGGAGAGCGCCUUUCGACAAGCGCAGAUUCUAGACGAGAUGGAAAUGACGUUGAGAGUAAUAAAGAUGUUAGGGGACAAGGACCGGCCAACGAUGGCGAACUACAUUUUCCUACGUCUGGUACGUUGCGUGAAAUACGGCAAAGGACUCCGGCCUCUCGCUAUACGAUUUACGAAGGUCUAUACCAUGGGUUCGAAACAUUACUGCGUUCAACGGGUAAUGAGGAGCUAGCGAAGACAAGGAAAGGUGCAAGGUCACUCCUCUCAACGUGUUUAAGAGCGGUUCCACGGCACAUUGUUCAAGAAGAUGCAAUAUUAUCAGCCCACGCCGAGGAAACUGGCACCAGGUCUGCAAUUAGUACUCACGACAUGUCAACUGAAAUUUAUGAUGAACUGGAAGACUUUGGAUCUUCCGGCCGUGGUUGGAAGCAGUUAAAGUACGUUGUUCGAGCACACGGGGUACAAGUACUCGGCGAAGCUAUACGGUCAGGAUUGCUUGACAUCGAAUUCUGUAGGGUUCUGAUAGCACUUUGUAUAAACACUUCUGCUAGAGAAGAAGCCGAGGUCUUGCUUUCGUCCCUAUUGUCAUCCAGUCGGUUCCCGCGGCCUAGGACCCUUCAUGAGCCAGCGCCACGUUCAGUCUCGAUGCUGUGGAAAUUUGUCCAGGAUACAGGCCGUUUUUCAUUCCAAUACCAACAACUAGCAAAGCUGGUCUCGACUGGCGUGUUACCCCUCGAAUGGCUAGCCACGAAAGCAUUUCGUCCAGUAUGGACUGGAGUCAUCCAGAGAUUGUCACCUGGCUCUAUAAAUUCGGAUGCUCUGUUAUUCUUCGACGAGAUGCUGCCUCUGUUGGCGGGGGCGGGGUCGUCGACCAGCAGUUUUGAGAAGUCAUCCGCUGAAGCUGUGAAUCAGACAUUUUCUAGCUUGCUAACGACUCUUGUAUCUAUUGUGAUUCUUAGCACAUGCGAUCCAGGUGCUCCAGGGAACGAACCAGAAGCAUUAGGGAGAGAUUAUGUGCACCUUGUUGCUCUACUACGAAGUGCUUUGGCACAAUUUAAACUCUCAGGUCCAUCGGGCGAGGAGGCAGUUUUGUUAUUUGCAGCGAAUCUGCUUGCUGGCGCCCAAUUUGGGAGCGCGGAUUUUGAGCUCUCCCUACCAGAAUCCCUUCUCAGCCGGCAUUCGAAUGAUAGCGAUAGCUCAGCAGAAGGUUCCACCGACUACUACGACCUUGUUGCGUUUAUAUGCUCCGUGGCUCGCUGUUGUGGCAGAGGUGCUUCGAGUACGGGUUUUGAACAUCUAGAACACCUACAUUUCAUUCUACAACGGUUCACAUCUGACGAGGCCUGGGCCAGCCUAAUUAAGUGUCUGAUGGUGGAUAGCGCGUUCGCUUUUGCCCAACAGCUUCCUGAACGGAAGCACUUGGAAUAUGCGUCCUCUUUGGAUACGAAAUUCUUGGACAGGGAUAUAAAUCCUCAUAUGUCCCCAGUUGCCAACAUUUCUGAUGCGGCAAGAUCCGGAUUUCGUUGGGAAGAAGGAAUUGGAGAGUGGAUUAUGGAAACACCUAUUGGAAAUUCUAGAAAGAAAAACACCACCAGGAGAGACUCGCUGAUGAGCGAGGAUAAAGUUGAACCGCCGCCACUCCGUUCACCAUAUCUGGGGCGAAGGAGAGAGAGCAUGACCACGGCACGGUUUGCAAGAACAUGCAACCCUCCCACAUCGGACCAGUUUCACCCGUCUACAAGUAAUGUGAUGGUCUUGGUAGGGCCUGUUGCGAUUGAUCGGUCAUUGGCCCCACUGUUGUAUAUCGCAGAGAACGAUGAUGAACUGGAUGUAACGUGUUAUGAGAGUGAUGAUACUUCAGGAUCAGGCACGUUGGUAUCGGAUAUUAAAGGAUCAGCUUCUCAACAGUCGCCAUCUCCUCCCACACCAUCAUCAUGCCUCGAAGACGGUGAAUACGAUGGCCGUAGGCAUACCAUUGAGCCUGCGUCGCGCUUUACUAGAAAGGUCGUUCGAAGGAAUCAGGAUUGGCCCGUUUUCAACGAAUCCCCCAACGUAAGCGCCUCAUCAUCGCCAUCGUCAUCGGCCUCAUACGAAACCCAAGACGAUGGUGAAGGGCGCCAGACCAUCAAAAGAGGACCAAGGCUUGGGCGACGAGCACUCCGAUCCGGUCAAGCGUGGCAGGUAUUCGAUGAGAGUGAUGACGAACUCAGUUUCCUCUCCGUAUCAACAACCGACGAGCGGGUCUUCGAAGACAUCACAAACACGACGAGCAAUAGGACGCGACAUGCUUGUAAAACGAGAAAGUCGAAACAACCCAGCCCCAUCACUAAUUUAGGGGCUAUCACGGACAGUGAAGAUGAACUGUGCAUAUGA